GAGGCAGGGAGGGCUGGACCGGGAGAAUGCUACGUGUCUUCAGCUUUUAAACCUCUUUCGGCUUUAUAGUUCUCCAGACUAAUUGAACAAGUUUAAAGGUACUCAUCGGUAGCUGAGUCAAGGCGAAGAGGCACUUGGGGAGGAAAAGGCACACACGAAAAAGUUCGGACCCGCGGUACACAUAAGAAAAGAAAAAGCAAUGCAUAAACACCGCUCUACCAACGUUGUGUACCAGGCACACCAUGUGAGCCGGAAUAAGAGAGGGCAGGUAGUCGGCACCAGAGGAGGCUUCCGAGGAUGUACCGUCUGGCUAACAGGACUGUCGGGUGCUGGAAAGACAACAAUAGGCUUUGCUCUUGAAGAGCACCUUGUUUCCCAUGGGAUUCCCUGCUACUCUCUGGAUGGUGACAACAUACGUCACGGACUGAACAAGAACUUGGGUUUCUCAGCUGCAGAUCGAGAAGAAAACAUUCGAAGAAUCGCAGAAGUCGCCAAGCUGUUUGCUGACGCCGGUCUUGUCUGUAUCACCAGUUUCAUCUCCCCGUUUGCCAAGGAUCGUGAAGAAGCUCGCAAGAUCCACCAGAGUUCCAACCUGCCCUUUUUUGAGGUCUUUGUGGACGCUCCAUUGGAUGUGUGUGAGAGCAGAGAUGUGAAAGGACUUUAUAAGAAGGCUCGAGCUGGGGAGAUAAAAGGAUUCACUGGAAUAGACUCUGGGUACGAGAAGCCUGACACCCCCGAGUUGGUGCUGAAGACUGGGGAGACAUCAGUAAAUGAGUGUAUCCAGCGUGUCACUGAGCUGCUUCAGGAGAAGGAUAUUGUUCCUACUUCAGUGACAGAAGAAAUCAAGGAACUCUUUGUCCCAGAUAACCAGUUGGAUAUGGCUCGAGCGGAAGCAGAAAUGCUGCCUGCUGUCCAGAUUACAGAGAUUGACCUGCAGUGGGUGCAGGUGUUGGCUGAAGGCUGGGCCACCCCACUGAAGGGCUUCAUGAGAGAGAGGGAGUUCUUGCAAGUCCUGCACUUUGCCACUUUACUUGAUGGUGGCACUAUCAACUUAUCGGUCCCCAUCGUUCUUCCGGUGUCCACUGACAAGAAAGAGAGUUUGGCUGGCCACAGUGCAUUCGCGUUGAUGUAUCAAGGCCGCAGAGUGGCCAUUCUUCGUGAUCCAGAAUUCUAUGAACAUCGGAAAGACGAACGUUGCGCCCGUCAGUGGGGUACCACUUGCGCUAAACACCCUUAUGUGAAGAUGGUGAUGGAAGGAGGUGAUUGGCUAGUUGGGGGUGACCUGGAAGUGCUGGAACGCAUUCGAUGGAACGACGGAUUGGAUCAAUACCGCCUGACUCCUCUAGAACUUAAGCAAAAGUUCAAAGAAAUGAAAGCUGAUGCCAUUUUUGCAUUCCAACUGCGUAACCCAGUCCACAAUGGCCAUGCCUUACUGAUGCAGGACACUAAGAGACGCCUGCUGGAGCGGGGAUACAAACGUCCGGUGUUGCUCCUUCACCCCUUGGGUGGCUGGACGAAAGAUGAUGAUGUGCCUCUGGACUGGCGUAUGAAGCAGCAUGCUGCGGUCCUGGAGGAGGGAGUGUUGGAUCCUUCUUCCACCAUUGUGGCCAUCUUUCCUUCCCCGAUGAUGUAUGCUGGGCCCACUGAAGUUCAGUGGCACUGUAGGGCACGAAUGGUUGCUGGCGCCCAAUUCUACAUUGUGGGUCGUGACCCUGCAGGAAUGCCUCACCCCGAGACCAAGAAAGAUCUCUAUGAACCAAGUCAUGGAGGGAAGGUCCUCACGAUGGCACCCGGACUAACUUCUGUGGAGAUCAUACCUUUUAGGGUGGCGGCUUAUAACAAAAUGAAGAAAGCCAUGGACUUCUACAGUGAAGAGAGGCACAGCGAAUUUGACUUCAUCUCUGGCACUCGCAUGAGAAAGUUGGCUCGUGAAGGAGAAAAUCCCCCCGAAGGCUUCAUGGCACCAAAAGCGUGGAAAGUCCUAACCGAAUACUAUUCCUCCCUGGACAAGGAGAAAUAAAAAUGUGAUGUGUGCAUGUGAAAACGCUGGUGUUCCCAAUGUACAACACUACCAAUGUUUGGAAAUUGUUUGCCUCUUUUUAAUGUAAAUCUUAGCCGUGGUAUACAUUCAUAACUGCAGUAGUAGACCCGUGCAUUUUUCCCUGCUAUAGUGUGAUCCCUUUAUAAUGACAAGUGAUCCCAACCACUUGGAGCUCCAGCUCUUGACCAGUCGAGGGCGUCAACUGCACUUGCUGGUUCGGCCAAAUCCCCCAACAGUUUAUUCACCCAACUACUGAACAAUUUCACAUCUGUUGGUCUCUUUCUUAAAGGCUCAGGGGGCCAAUCUGGAUCCAUUUGAUUGAAGCUAAAGUUCUGCCUUACUUUAAUGAUUUUUGUGCUGCUAUUUCCUGGGCUCACUCUGUUCCGACUCCAAAACAAGUUUUACUAACAAGCUACUGAGAAACUUAUGAGAUCAAAUUGUUUGGGCUACCACAUGAAGGCAGCAGAGGCAGAAUUCAAAGUUAGCACAUGCCGAAUAAAAACCCCUCAUUCUAGAAUAAUGCUGCAGGCUGUGGUGGUGCCUGUCACCUCAGGAGGAUGGAAAUAAAAAUGUGCAGUGAUGGGAUAUGUGGGGAGUCGGCAGAAGGAUUUAAGGACAGGAGCGAUGAGUGCAGGGUGCGUGCGCGUCUGUCCAUUUAUAUUCACACUUACUGCAGUGACAGGACUGUCCAAGGACUCUAAAAAACAUGAACUUCAUUUCAGCUUUAGCACUGUUUUAAGUUUCAUUUGCUGAAACUGAGGAAUCCAAUUAUGCAAAAGGAAGGGAGUCCGCCUGGACCAGAUGGCCUUCUCAUCCAUGGCUAAUGCGAGUGGAAAAACAAUUGACAAUCAAAUGCUUGAAAUGACUUUGGGAACUUUUUAUUUCACCUAAAAAUAAAAUUUAUAUAAUAAAAAAAAUAUAUAAACAAUAAUCAGCAAAACUCAAUCGUAUUUAGUAAGACCUAAAGGGAUUUUAUAAUAAUGUCUAUUAAUUAUGAAUUUUCUAGAAUGACCAAAUUCUGCCCAAUAGUGGGCUACAUUUACUGAUCAGUGCCUUUAUUGCUACAGUAGAUGUUCCAUCAUGUGCCUUCUCUAAUUCUGCUUUGUUUUACAAAUUGUAUCAUAACUAGUUUUUAUAUAUUUAAAUAAAAUAUUUUAUUAAAUUAUAACAA